AGAACAGUGGAAACCAUAAGGGAGAAAGACACGAGCAGAACGGAAGCAAUACAGAUCAUGGAGCGACAAAAACGAUACUCUUGGGUACCCGAGAAAGAGAGGAAACAGAUGGAAAGGCAAGCACACGGCACCGGCCAGGCCAGAGAGUUUAAGAACAAAAUGUGUAGAUUUUUCCCCAGUGAGCGGCUACCAAGAAUUGUGCACGAUGGCCAGACAACACAGAAAAGACAGCAAGUCAAAAAGAGGGAGCUGGUACAGAUCAAAGACCACCAGGAGCGCAUGCUUCGAGGCAGGGAACUGAUAGAUCAAAGGCUCAAGGAAAGACUCUUGAGAAGAGGCCAGGGCCAGCUCCCUUCACUAGAGAAGCUGGAGCGAGUGAAGAAGGAGAUGAAGGACUUUGAGAGGGCUAACAAACACCCGCUUUUGGAGCUGCGCAAUAAAAAUCUCAUUAAGUUGGAAAGUAUUAUCGAGAAGUCUCGGGCACGAGAGGAAGUGAAAACGGUAAAGCCCCACCAAAAGAAAUUCCUGUCACCCUAUUUGAAAAGUCAUUUCCGAAAAAUCAAAGACCAGUAA